AUGUCCCAUCAGUUCAGCAUGUUCAGAGCCCUAGAUUGUAUACUUCAACCUGAGCUAGCAGCCGAGGCCUGCUCGGCGGCGCCCGCGCCACUCUGGCCGGCGGCGGAGCUCGUCCCGUCGGUGCCCUGGCUGGACCUCGCUCGCGCCGCCCUGCUCGGCACUCGGCCGGAGCUCGUCCCUCCGACCCCUGGACGGACCUCGCCCGCGCCGCCAUGGUUGCCGCUCGCCCCGUGUGGCCCUUCCCCGGCCCCUGGCCACGCCGCCCUGCUCGGCGCUCGGCUGGAGCUCGUCCCGCCGACCCCCACUCGCCCGCGCCCGCGCCCGCCCCGGCUGGCGCUCGUCCCGCGUAGCCCUUUCCCGGCCCUGCGGCGGCGGUAG